AUGCCUGCCGCGAUCAAGGCUGCUGCAGCUGCCGCUCGCGUCUUUGUCCAUACCACUAAUGUCAACAUCGCCCACCUAUUCCACGAUAAGGUUGAUGCGGUUCUCAAGCAGGCAGUCAAGCACCUGGAAGCUGACCUUCCUGGCAACGCUGAGAUCCGCGAGAUCCAAGCUGACCUCGCCAAGAUGGAAUUCAGGGUUUCAGAGACCGGAACUGUUCUUGGUGUCCACCACGCUGGCCAUCGCCCGGCUGGUGGGGAUCAUACUGGGAGCGUCGGAGUGCUUCGGUUCGGCGUUGGGGACACGUUCUACGCAGCCAUCAUACCCACCAAGAAAGGCAAGAGCAAAGCAACAACAGCGCACCCCGACUCCGACUAUGAGAAGCUCGCUGCUGAGAUCGAGAAAAAGUCUCGUCUCACUCUCAGAUACAACAAAGGCUCUGUCAGCAAGACCAAGCAGGCCGACGCGUCACUCUACUUGUGUCUUUUACCUCUCGACGGUGCAAGCAAGCCAAUCGCAGCACCCUGCCGCCGAGCGACUCCGAUCACGAAGAGCCAGUCGCUGGGUAUCGUGUCUUUCGGAGAGUACGACAGCGUCCCGUCGUCCAGUCCAGUCAGGCGGUCCUUGAAACAUCAGCCAGUGAUCAGCCUGAGCUCCUCUACGACUGGCCUACCUCCACACUUACUCAAAAGCAGUGCUGCACGUUCCAAGACUGCUGUCGUACAAGCAUUUUAUGGCACCUAUGAUAUCGGCUCGCGUCCUUCGACUGAGUCGAACACUACUGAGGGCACUGGAGAUGAAUUCGAAGAGCAUGGCCUUAUACGUCGCGAUGCUUACGGCCGUCCUGUCGUCUACCGUGAUACCAGCCGUUGUGCCGAUCAAAACGCUGGCAUCGUUGUUCCCAAGAUCACAACACUGCUGCCAACGUCGCCCAUGAGCACAACACCACCACCCCACGUCUCUAAUGUGCUCGUGGGGGACGAACGCAGUCGCACUACUGCGAGCUCGCACAUACAGUUGGACGGUACUGAAGAGGUCUGCUACAGCAGCUCUGUCUUCAAAAGUGUGCUCGCCCUGGAGAUUGAUGGUGACGACGCCGACUGGACUGAAGGGAUCAUUCGCUUCGAGACUCCAGCUGCUGCAGCUUUCUCUCGUCACUCACCACCACCGACACAGAGACUCAACCCAAGAACUAGCGUGCCAAGAUUUGCUCUGCUUCAGCAGCACCAUUGGACGGCAAAAGGUUUCAAGGUGCCGCGAACAAUCUCGUCAGUCAAGAAACAGAUGAAUAAGCGAGCAGAUGUUCUGGACUUCUCUGAGAGUCGCGAUCUUGGAUCUCUCUGCUCCCAUUCAUGGCAACUGCCUCUUCAGAAGUUUCUAUCCGCCACGCCUGAACUAUAA